CGGUGCAUCAUAAACAUCAUAAAGAAAAUGUCACAGUUACAAUAUGUGUAAACAAAUGAAAGAAAACAAACGACUUAAUGCUUAAUUAAUUAAGUGCUUUGAAGGCAUCCAGAAUACCUUCAAGAUUGUAUCCACCGAUUGUUCAGAAAUGGCGUUUCAUCAGAACUUUAGCGGUGAUAUAUUGCAUUUAAACGUUGGAGGAAAAAGUUUCACAACAUCUAAGCAGACCCUGACAUGGAUCCCGGAUACUUUUUUCACUGCACUUUUGAGUGGCCGAAUAUCGAGCCUGCGGGAUGACAAGGGAGCAAUCUUCAUUGAUAGGGAUCCAAAGAUUUUUUCAGUUAUAUUGAAUUAUCUGCGCACCAGAGAAAUAUCUUUAAAGAAUAUUGACUUGAGGACAUUGCGGCAUGAGGCUGAAUAUUAUGGCAUUGCUCCACUUGUCAAGAGGCUAAUGCUCUGUGAGGAAAUGACACAUUCUACUUGUGGUGAUGUCUUGUUUUAUGGAUGUCUACCUCCACCUAAUAUACCAUUACAAGAUUCUUCUGCAUCAGAAAACAGAUCAAACAUAGAGACAACUGGAGUGCAUAACAGACAUGUUAGAACUUCUGAAGUAUCAGCAAUGCAAGGAAGUAAUGCUAAUUUGGAGGCUGGUGUUGAGGUGACGCCAUCAACGAGCUCCUCGCAAUGUCCACCUAUUUCGGCGCCUCUGGUGGCUCCACAAGUUUUGAACGGUAAUUUCAUUCAAAGUCGUCAACCAGGUCAUUCGAGGAACUCAUCUCUGGAAAUGCGUAUGGGAAUUUCUGGGAGUUGCAGCAGAAGUUCUCAAGAUUUGAGAGGACUGUCAAGUAGAGUACCAUCUGCAACAGGACACUCGCGAGCUGCAUCAUUGGAUCUGCGCCAUGCGCGGAACUCUUCAGCGGAUUUAAAUAAACUCAUCCGGAAUGAUUUGGGACUGGUUUUUGGGACUAGCGCAACAGCAUGGACCGACCCAUUGAGAGUGCAAAUUAUUAAAGCCCACCACAACUGGAUUGUCGUUGCUUACGCACAUUUCGUAGUUUGCUAUAGAUUAAAGGAUUCAAGUGGAUGGCAGCAGGUGUUCACUAGUCCCCAUAUUGAUAGCUGCAUCGAGAGAAUCGCGAUCAAUGCCAAAAUGGGCACAGGCGGAGAAGCUACGAAAAUGGUUGCAAUUUCAUAUGGGAGUCAGAUUAGACUGUGGGGAGUGUCUGAAGAUGGUUCAAGAACUAACGUUGGUAAGAUUAUUAAUAAUCUUUCAAGAGUAAAAGAUGUUAAAGAUUUAUAUUUUUCAGGAACUUUCAAUCUGCACGUCAGGGUGGAAUAUCUGUUCUUCAUUGGUAGCCAACUAGUGGCUUUGUCACCGUCGGGUAAACUCGGCGUUUGGCAUGCCAUGACGCAGCAUUGGCAGACGCAGGAUGUUGUGCCGAUUUCGUCCUUCGACACCGCAGGUUCCUUCCUGCUGCUCGGUUGCAACAACGGUUGUAUCUAUUACAUCGAUAUGCAGAAAUUCCCUUUGAGGAUGAAAGACAAUGAUCUGCUGGUUACGGAACUGUACAGAGACCCCAACUGCGAUCCUGUCACAGCGAUAUCCGUCUACUUGACUCCAAAAACCAAUUUGUGUGGGAAUUGGAUCGAGAUAGCGUACGGCACCCGCUCUGGCUCCGUCCGUGUAAUCGUCCAGCAUCCGGAAACCGUAGGUCAUGGACCACAGCUCUUCCAGACGUUCACUGUGCAUCAAAGCCCCGUAACUAAGGUAACGUUGUCGGAGAAGUAUUUGGUCUCUGUUUGCUGUGAAUACAACCACGUGAGAAGUUGGAGGGUUACCCGAUUUCGAGGGAUGAUUUCGACGCAACCCGGUUCCACUCCCGAGGCCUCAUUCAAGAUCGUUUCCUUGGAGGCGGUGGAGCCGUGCAUCAGUCAUGCGACCGUUAACGACUGCGGCCCGUUCGGAGAGCAGGACGACGAGCAGGUUUUCGUGCAGAAGGUAGUACCAGAUAACGAUCAGCUGUACGUCAGGUUGGCCAGCAACGGCAAAAGGGUUUGCGUAAUAAAAGCUGUGGAUGGGAGCAGUGUGACCGCUUUCUGUGUGCACGAAUGCGAAGCCUCUAGCCGCAUGGGAUCACGACCACGGAGAUUCAUCUUCACAGGUCACAUGAAUGGAUCAAUUCAGAUGUGGGACCUUACCACGGCCCUAGAUCCAGCUUACAAGACUGAUGCAGAUAUGACAAGCGGUGGUCCCACCCCGGAAGAGCUGCUUAGGCUACUGGACCAAUGCGAUCUCAGCAACAGCCUAUGUUCUACGCCGUGCAUGUCGCCGUCGCCUUCAUUGGCCGCCGCCGCUCGUUUGAAGUCGAGCAACAUCGCCUUUCUCAAUCAAAUGCAAGACAGCGAUAGGUCAUCCAGUUCCAACUGAAGUCAAAGUCAAAAGUAUAUUGCCAAUUGAUUUCGUUGUUUGGAAUAAUUAAUGGAUUAGUAUGUUUACCUUGUUACAUUGGCGAAAAGUAAGUAGCCACCUUAAUUAUUUUUAUUAUUAUAUAUAACCUGUAUAAUUCAUAAGUCAUCAGAUAUUUAUGUGAUUCAUAGUAAAUCAACGCAUCAAUUCAUACUGACUCAAAACGUAAUUAUAAUAUUACAAGAUCAUCCAGGUACAUCGAAAUACCAGCUUUCUAUAUAUCUUUGAAACAGUUAGAUGAACCCAAUCAAAUUAAAUUUAAGUUUAACUUAUUUCAAUUAUUUCUACCUUUACAUGCAUAUUAUAUUACAUUUACAA